AUGGCCCAACUUACGGCUACUUUUGUACCGGAAGAUGUUGCUAUAAUUUCUGCCUUGCCGAUGCGACAACCGGAUGCUCCGGAUCUCUUGGGCUGGCAUUUUACCAAGUCUGGUAAAUAUUCGGUUAAGUCAGGAUAUCAUGUUCUACGUUCCAAACCGACGGCUUCUUCUGAGUCGAAGGUAUUUGGACCUGAUAUUGUGCCACUUCAGGCCUUUGUUUGGAAGAUCAAAUGUCCACCAAAGCUUCGUCAUUUCAUGUGGCAAAUGCUUUGGCAAGUUUGGGCCUUAUCGCGUUUCCCGACGAGUCCAGCAUCUUUCCCUUCGGAGUCGGUUUUCACAAAUAUGGACUUCCUUUUCUGGCGGUUCACAAAUGUUGCGGAUUAUGAAUUUUUCCCAUGGAUUUUGUGGUAUAUCUGGAAAGCGCGUAAUGAUAAAAUCUUUAGUAACCUUGAUUCCAAUCCCUUAGCCAUUUUGCGUUUAGCAGAGGAUGAGGCGAAAGCCUGGGCCUUGGCUCAACUGGAUGAUAUGGCAUGCCUCUCGGAAAGUCUCGGGGGGAUAGGACAUAGUGAAAGUGGGGUUUUACGAAUUCCUAGACCUCAUUCGAGCUAUAUGUGUUUUGUAGAUGGCUCUUGGAAAGCAACAGAUCGUUUUGCGGGUAGUGGAUGGUUUUGUACUUCGCCCUGGGGUGACGCUCCUAUUAUGGGUGCGGCUAACCAUCGCCGUAGUCUAUCUCCUCUUCAUGCCGAGGUCGAGGCCCUUGUUUGGGCUAUGCGCUGCAUGAUUGGAGCUGAUAACCAAUCAGUUGUUUUUCUUACCGACUGCUCCGAUUUAGUGAAGAUGGUGUCUUCACCCUCUGAGUGGCCAGCCUUUACACCGUAUUUGGAGGACUUACAGAUGGAUAAGGAGGAGUUUACUUCUUUUUCUUUGGUCUACGUCCCUCGUUCACAGAAUUUCCACGGCUUGCUCGCACUUCACCGCAACCAGUUACCUUUGUUAACGAAUUUCCAUCACAUUGGCUUGUUUGAGCCAAUCUUGUCUGUCUCCAUUUCAAUCUAG